AUGAAUCAAAACAUAACGUAUACUUAUACUGCUGAUCCGCGUAAUAAUCAACAGCAACAGCAGAAUCAGCAGAUGAGGGAACAUAUACAAGGAUUAUCUUUUCACCCUUCUUCCUAUCAAGGGUCAACUUAUACAACUUCUACAUCGACUCCUUUCCACGCUAAUAAUGCUUCUUUUCUACAAAGCAAUGUGCUUCAUGCCAUUCCCCAGUCUAGUGUCCAACCAAGGCAGCAGCAACAUCAGCAACAACAAUCGGACGGCGAUGAGAAGCCUCGCAUAGCUUCAAUGAUGGAGGCUUAUUUCGUUGAGCCUAACACGUCCACAAGUAAUAAUUGGGCACAUCAUUCUCAGGGACAAGUCACUUAUACCAACGGAACGCUUAUUGCCGGAUCUCCUAACAUUAAGAAUGUUACUAAAAUUAAUAUAUCGCCUGAUAAAGCUGAAAAAGAACGACUUAAAAAGGCUCGUCAAGCUGAAGCAGCGCGAAUGAGAUAUCAUCGUCUUACUCCCGAAGAAAAACGAGAAUUGAACCUUAAAAGGACCCUAGCUCAAAAACGAAAACGUCAAAGGGAGAAAGAAUUGGAAGAGCUUGACAAUAUUUUACGAGAAACAAACGAUAUACAAGAAGAUCCUGACAUAACAGAACAACUCCGGGAAAAGCGUAUGAGAGCAAAAUGGGCUGAAGCUGCUAGAGCACGUUAUGCUAGAAUGACUCCCGAAGAAAGACGAGCGCAUAACAAUCGCCGACGAAUGCGACAGAUGCAGAACGCGUUAGCAGCAGUUAAGGGAAGUUCGGAAUUCGCUGGAUUACAAAUGGUCCCUAGUGGUGAUCCUGUAAAGGACGAAGAAGCAGUUAGGCAACACAUUAAAAGUCAGAAUGCAAAAAAGGCUGAGGCCGCUAGACAAAGAUAUCAUAGAAUGACGGAAGAUGAGAAGAGGUUGUAUAACCAAAGGAGAACUGAAGCCUUCCGUCGUAGACGAAUGGAGGAGGAAAUGUUAUUGGCAAUGCCCAUAGGAAGAAUCAAUGGAGAAGCACUUGAUCGUGCUCAACAAAUUGUUGUUAGAAACGCCAAACGCGCCGAAGCCGCCCGUGCUCGCUAUCAGAGAAUGACUCCUGACCAGCGAAAGGUAUUAGGAAAAAGCUAUAAUCAAAAGCGGUAUACUCCCAAACGACGUAGUGAUAGGGUAGUUACCCCCGGUGGAGAGCCCGUAACACCUGCUCCAGCAACUCCAACCGCUCCUCCCAAGAAGACCGAAGACCUAGACGCAUUAUCCUCCCUAGAAAGAGAUGUACUCAAACGUACCCAGCAAGCUCAGCAGGUACUGAUGAGGCAAGGACAGCGCUUAGCGGGCGUUUCAGCACCAAGCGCUGGUGCUGCCAACUCUUCGUACAUUAUUCAACAAAAUCCAUCGCAUUUAAGUAGUCAGCUAUCCGGAUCAGGAAAUAAUCAUCAGAAUGUAGUUCAUGUUGCCCACCAAAUGCAAAACACUUUAAGUCAGACGCUACUAUCGCAACAACAAGGUCAUCAUGCCGUAGUGCAUCACACUCCUACCUCAGGUCAUUUAAAUGUCAAUCAUCAACCAUCUCAUCAGGUGUCUUAUACGUCAAAUGGAAGUAUGAUGAUUAAUGGACAACAUAACGUAGGUCAACAACAAGUAAUAAAUCCAUAUGGUGCGCCUCAAAGAAAUUAA